AUGAGAAAAUUAUGGGCUGUAAGUGAAAAGUUUGUGCAAAUAAAUAGUUUCUCAAUCACCUUGGGUGAAUUCACUGAAGCGCUUGCUUAUUUACCGUAUCUGCUUCAAUUGGCAUCGCUACGAUUUCUCUUUCGUUCAUUUCCCACGCUGUGUACGUCGCAAGCGAUUGACAUUAAAAAGAAACAGCGACUACAAACGCUUCUACUUGCGAUGGUUGUUAUUUUCGCUGUGUCAAGUCUACCUAUCGACCUUUUCAAUGUUUUACAGGAUAUGGAGAUCGUCUAUAAGGUCGAGACAGUGUCGAAAACUUUACGACAAUCCAUAUUUUUCUUUUCUCAUUGGCUUGCAAUGGCCGGUGCGCUGCUGAAUCCACUCGUUUAUGCUUGGUGGAAUACAAACUUUCGGCGACAAAUCCAGGAUAUCAUUAAUGGUCAUCGGCGGAAUUCGCUUAAAAGGAGACCGCACUCCGCUGUGGAUUCCGUGUGUAAAAAUCAGCAAAGGUGCGAUGAACGAGUUGUGGGUAUGCUUCGUGACAGACGUGAAUGUGAUAAUGAUGCACAGGUUUAA